AUGAUACUCGAGAAGUACGCCAACUCUCUAAUAGUUGAAGAAUUACGCGAUCAGCGAAAUGAAGAGAUGGAUAUGUCGGACGAGGAAAACAAAAAACCUACCCAAGGUGAUAUGGUGUUUGAAAACGCAUCACUGUUUCUACGUGAUGCCUUGAUUACUCCAAUUCGUGAUAUUGUAUUGAAGAAUUGGGUACUCAAUCCUUUGGGAGAGCCUAAUCAAUUUGUCGAGAUGGAUCUCGUUCAAGAACACCUCAAUUUUCGGAUAAAGGUUCUUUAUAAAGCCAAGGGAUCAAAUGCUUCAUGGGAAUGGCUUGAAAUUAUAUCAUCAUGCGUUGUUGCACUAUCCGACCUACAGAAGAUGUUAAACGACACACUCGGAUCAGACCAAGGUACCAAACAUGCACCGCCCGACCUAACCAACGACAUUCACAGUUUAAUGGAAAGUCUUUCUGACCACAAGGUGUACACUAUCAAAAAAGGAAGAUCACUCAACGACAAUGAGAUGGUAAAGGAUGUCAUUUCAGUGGGAUUGCAAAAUCUUACUACAGGCAGCAAGAACCCCCUUUCCGACUACAACAACUCCUUUAAAAAGCUUCAAAAACAACGAAAAAUGAACCCAGUCUCUGCAGAUGAAACAGACAAUGAAAGGGACAUACCUGCACAUCCCACCUCCAUCAAAAGUGAACCUCUGGAUAUCCAGAUUGUCCCAAAUGCAGUCUCUACAUCCUCUGUAUAUUCAAAUCAUGCUUCAGCUUCAGACAGUAUGGGCGAGUCUAGCAUGCAGGGUUUUGGAGAUGAUAUGGAAGUAGAAGAGUCAGCUGAGGAGGCGGACAACAGUGAAGAAGUGGAAGAAACCUUACCUUGUGCCACAGAAAGGGAUGUGGACCUUGACAUGGAUCUUGAGGAAAUAGAGGAGGAGUACAAUGUUAUUGAGGAUUCAGAGGAUUCAGAAUUGGAGGGGGAAGGGGACAGGUAG